AUGCUUGACUUGGGUGCAUCUAUAAAUGUCCUACCAUACUCUGUUUACAAAUCAAUUGGUGUACGAACAUUGAGCAAAACCGAUGUAAUCAUUCAACUUGUUGAUCGGUCUAUAGUACACCCAAAAGGUGUGCUAGAGGACGUGUUAGUUCAAGUCAAUGAACUUAUUUUCCCAGCUAACUUUUAUGUUCUAGAUAUGGGAGAUGAUGACUCCCCAAAUUCAAGUUCCAUACUUUUGGGUAGUCCUUUUCUUAAAACAAUAAAAACCAAAAUUGAUGUCUACAAUGAAACUUUAUCAAUGGAAUUUGAUGGGGGAGAAUGCUUUGAGUUGACUAACCAUGAUUUUUUAGAGCUGGCUUUAAAUAAGAACUUUGAUAAAAAUUUGGUCAGGGAGAUUCCAGAAAAACUCAAGUUGGAUAAAGAGAUGUUGGUAAAUGUCGAGUUUAUAGAUGAAAAGAAGAACAUGGGGUUCCAUGAAAUGGGUAUUCACCAAAAGCUAAAGAUCCAAGAAUUAGAGGAGAUUAAAAAUGAAGAAUUUUAG